AUGGACCCCUACUCAUCGCAGAACUACUAUGGAGGGCAGUACCAGCAGACUGGAGGGGACGUCAAUCCGUACCACCUUCCUUACGCCGGACCUAUGUAUCCGGUCGCUGGAUCAUCCUCGUCGACGCAUCACGCACCCGUACCAGCCAACGCUUACGAAUACGACGUCGGCAUCCUAGCUCAGCAAAGCGUUUACGUACCAGGGGCCGCCAUAGACAAGCGCGGUGGUGCAGGCGGGAAGCUCGCAAAGGGCGGGAAGCGUGUCACUGUACUUAGGAAGGGUGGCGGCAAGAUCUGGGAAGAUCAGACGUUGCUCGAGUGGAACCCGUCGUGGUUCCGGCUUUUUGUUGGCGAUCUCAGCAACGAUGUAUCAGACGACGUGCUUGCGAACGCCUUCAACAAGUACACAUCUUUCCAGAAAGCACGGGUCAUCCGGGAUCGCCUCAGCGGGAAGGCGAAAUACGGUUUCGUCGCGUUCUCGGACCCCGAAGACUUCUUGAAGGCUUGGAAAGAGAUGGAUGGCAAGUACGUUGGUAACCGACCUGUUAAACUGAAGAAAGCAGAUGAUUCUGCCAUCCGACCAGUAGAGAUAGGCCACCGCAAGGCCAAGCAGCUGCAGAUGGAGCUCAAGAAGAACCGCAAGAAGCCGUACUAG